CAUCAUCUACGUGCGCCACGACGUGCGCGAGCACGUGUCGGACGUCAGCAGCGCGAGCCUCGCGACCGGGCUCAUGGGCCUCAUGGCCAACAAGGGCGCUGUCGGUAUCCGCCUGCGGUACCGCGACACGCCACUCACGUUCGUCAACUCGCACCUGGCCGCCUUUGUGCAGAACACGGCGCAGCGCAACGCCCAGUACCGCGACACGGCCGAGCAGCUCUUGUUUCCGUACGGCCCGCCGGGCUCGGCGACGGCGGCGGCGGCGGCUCGCGGCGCCGAGGCGUGGACGCCCAACCUCAACCCCGAGGCGGUCAAGGUCGGCGAGGGGUGGAGCGUGUGGGAGAGCGAGGUGCUCGUGUGGUUCGGCGACCUCAACUACCGCCUCGACCUUCCCCGAGCCGACGUCGACCGCAUGAUCGGCAACAAGGAGUACGACCUCCUGCUCGGGUUCGACCAGCUCCGGGUCCAGCAAGAGCACGACCUCGCGUUCGAGGGCUUCGCCGAGGCGCCCAUCUCGUUCGCGCCGACGUUCAAGUUUGACGUCGGGACCCACAACUACGACACGUCCGAGAAGCAGCGCGUCCCGUCCUGGACCGAUCGGAUCCUGUACAUGGGCCUGCGCGACGACGCCGUGCGCGCCGUCGAGCGCUACACGAGCCAUCCCGAGGUCGUCAUGAGCGACCACAAGCCCGUCUCGGCCAUGCUCUCGCUCUCGGUCUACAACGUCUUGCAGGAGAAGAGGAGGGAGGUGCACGAGGAGAUCGUCGCCGAGCUGGAGCAGUACGACGGCGACGAGCUACCCGACGUCAAGCUGGCGCCGAGCCCGUCGAUCGACUUUGACGAGAUUCGGUACGACGAGCCCGUCAAGCGCGAGAUCGAGGUCGUCAACGUCGGCACGGUCGUCGCGCCCUGGGCGUUCGUCGUCAAGCCCGGCACGUCGUCCCUCACGCCGCCCUGGCUCGUCGUCACGCCCGCCUCGGGCCUCGUCCUCCCCGGCGCCCGCCAAACCAUCACCCUCACGAUCCACGUCACCUCGUCCUCGGGCGCCGACGCGCUCUCCUUCCCGAUGAGCACGAGCGCGGCCGACAUUGCCGACCUCCUCGUCCUCUCGCUGCGCGGCAAGGACCUGUUCCUCUCGGUCUCGGCGCGCGCUUGGACCCCGACCGUCUUUGGCGCCCGCCUCCCGCACCUCGUCCGCCUCGCGUCGCCCAUCCGCGAGACGAACCUCGAGCAGCGCGUCCGCAUCGCCCAGGUCGUCGCGGCGGCCGACAAGGGUGCGCCGGCCGGGCCCGACGGCGACGACGUGCCGCGGUCGGCGGUGCCGCUCGUGCUGCACAACCUCGUCGGGUUCCUCGCCGAGCACGCGCUCGACGUGCCCGGCCUGUUUGCGAUGCCUGGCGACGACGAGCUCGUGCGGCUCGCGAGGGAGUGUCUCGACACGGGCUCCGACUUUCCUCUCGACCGCUUCCUCGCGACGGCUUCUACGACCGCAACGGCCGACCACGAUGAGGCGCCGCACGAGCCGCAUCACGCCGAGGUUGCCGACGCCGUCGCCGCGCUCGACGCCCUCGAGGCCGACAUCGGCGCCAUCUCGCUCUCGUCGCCGAGCCUGCCGUCCCGACCAUCCUCGCCUCAUUUGCGCACCUCGGCGGGCCGCAGCAACGGCGCCCGCCUUGGCGCCAGCGACGACGGCGAGCCGGACCACCUUGGCCUGCACUCGCUCGCGGCGUGCACGCUCGGCUUCCUCGCGUCGCUCGCCGAGCCCGUCGUGUGUUGGAGCGCGUACGAGCGGGCGCUCGGGUGCGAGGACCGCGACGAGGCGUACAGGGUCGUGAGGGAGCUGCCCGAAGCGCACGCCAACGCGCUCUUGUACAUCUUGGCGUUCCUGCGCGUCUUGCUCAACGAGACGGCCGACCUCGAGGAGCGCGAGGCGAGGCGGGAUCGACUCGCCGUCAUUUUCUCGACCGUCCUUCUGCGCGCACCGCCUCCUUCCUCCUCGGCCACCACCGGCUCAGCACCGCCAGCACCGCCGAGCAGCACUGUCGACCCGACGACCGUUCCGCGACGCAAGAAGACGUUUGUGCUCCUGCUGCUGCGGGACCAGGAGGCACCGAGCGCGACGAGUGGCGGCAAGGUGAGGUGAGGGCGAGGGCUCGGGAUGUAGCUCUCUCGUUCUCGGCGUGUCGUAUCUUUCUUUGCAUUGCAUCUCUGUGCAGC